AAUUUAAGAUUACUUCCGAGGUGCAAUUACAGCACUCUUACAUCAUUAAUCGGGGUUAAGUUUUAUUUCAGCUCAUGUAGCCAUGUAGGGACCCAUCUGAGUUUCAUUUCUUAGAUAUUAUUUUUUAUUCCUUUUACUUUUACAGCUUCCUUUCUCUUCUUAGUUAGUCUGAGAUUCUCUUUCUAUUAAAUCAUCAAUUCCAUCAGUCAGUUUACUGUUCAAUCACUUGCUUACGUCUUUGGAGGUAGGAUUCAAAUUAGUGACAUGGGUUGGUGGGUUUAGCACCCAAAACGUCAAGAUCAGAAUAAGAAAGAAGGAGAAUAAUUUUUGGGCCUGCUGGUGAUUAUUACUUUGAUUAAGUUUAUAAUGUUCUUGGAUUAGAUGGGAUCAUGAAUUAGGGUUGACAAGCUAGGAUACAGCAAGAUCAUCAAUAACUAACAGAGAAGAUCAUCAUAAAGGAAAAGGGGGAGGCUAAGAUCAUGGCUUUACAUCAUAAAUCAGAUUUAAUGGAACUGAGAGGCCAAGGUAAGGAAAUAUUAGGAACGCCGACCGCCUUGAGCUAUAAUCUUUCUCAUAAAGUUUCUUCAACCAAGCUGUCUUCUUCGACUGUGGGAGAAAGAAGGGAUCAAAUUCCUGCCCUAGACCACCAUCAGCAGUAUCAUCAUCAUCAUCCUACUCCUCCUCCUCCUCCUCCUCAACAAUCAAAUCCACAUACACACCAAAAUACAGACAAACCCACAAGAGAUCCAGACCCGAAUCCAGAUCCGGUUCCAGCCUCCGGUGCAACAAGCACACCAAUCAUUGUACGCCAACCACCACGAACCAUUAGGGCGGCACCAAAGGUUAGAUAUAGAGAGUGUUUGAAGAAUCAUGCUGCCAGCAAGGGCGGGCACGUCGUGGAUGGUUGCGGAGAAUUCAUGUCAAGCGGAGAGGACGGAACCCCGGAGGCCUUAAUAUGCGCAGCUUGCGAAUGCCACCGGAAUUUUCAUAGGAAGGAAGUCGAGGGUGAUCAUCAAUAUGUUUCCAACUAUCACUACGUCAACCCCAACAGAAACAAUAUAAUUGGUCUAGGAGAUCAAAUAGUACCCCCUCAUCAACAACAUCCUCACCCGCCUCAUCUCCUCCACCACCACCAGCACCACCACAAAUUCCCGUCCACGAGUCCAUCAGCCGGGCAUAUUGCGCCGAUGAUGAUGGCCUUUGGAAGCGGUGGUGGAGCGCCGGCGGAGUACUCUUCAAGCGAAGAUCUCAAUAUGUUUCGAUCUAAUAUUGGUGUGCAAACUUCAGCACAAGCACCGGAAUCCAAGAAGAGGUUUCGGACGAGAUUUAGUCGGGAGCAGAAAGAUAAGAUGAUGGAAUUUGCUGAGAAGUUGGGGUGGAAGAUCCAGAAGCAUGAUGAGCAACAAGUCCACCAGUUCUGUUCAGAAGUGGGUGUAAAGAAGCAGGUUUUCAAGGUAUGGAUGCACAACAAUAAACAAGCCAUGAAGAACAAGCAAAUGUAAGACAAAUCAAAUUCUUCAAACCCUCCAGAUUAUUAUUUAACCUGGAAAACGCCUUUUUUAAGUGAAUGAUUAAUUAGAUUAAAUCAUGUGCACAGC